GCUAUGGAUGGAAGAAACACCACAGCUGUGACCUAUUUCAUUCUGACUGGGCUCUCAGAGUACCCCAGGGCUCAGAUCAUCUUCUUCUGCCUCCUCCUGGUGUCCUAUCUUGUCAUAUUGCUUGGGAACAGCCUCAUUCUCUUCUUGAUCCACUAUGAUUCCCGUCUCCACACCCCCAUGUAUUUCUUUCUCAGUAACCUCUCCUUCCUGGACAUCUGUUACACUUCAUCAAGUGUGCCCCAGAUCAUCAUCAACUGCUUAGCAAGAAUCCCCACCAUCUCCCUGGGGGAAUGCCUGGCUCAAAUGUGCAUUGGCCUCUACUUGGGGGUUGUGGAAUGUCUCUUGCUGGCCGUCAUGGCCUAUGACCGGUGCGUGGCCAUUGGUGAUCCACUGCGCUACUCAGUGAGGAUGGGUCCCCAGCUCUGUGCCUUGCUAGCAGUGGGUACCUGGGUCUCAGCCUUUCUCCUCACUGUGGUCCCAACCCUGGCCACACCACUGGAGUUCUGUGGCCACCACAUCAUCAACCACUUCUUCUGUGAGGUCCUUGCCGUCAUCAAGCUUGCCUGCAAUGAUCUACGGCUUAAUAAAUUGCUGAUGAUGGCCACCAGCUCCCUGACUCUCCUGGCUCCCUUUGCCUUCAUCCUUGCCUCCUAUGGGCGCAUCCUUGGGGCUGUCUUGAAGAUUCGCUCAGCUGAGGGCAGGAAGAAGGCUUUCUCCACCUGCAGCUCCCACCUCACCGUGGUGGUCAUCUUCUAUGGAACAGCCAUUGCCAUGUAUAUGUUGCCAGAGGACAAGACCAGUGGGGAGGUGGACAAGUUUGCUUCCCUCUUAUAUGGCCUUAUGACACCCAUGCUCAAUCCCCUCAUCUACAGUCUUCGGAAUAAGGAUGUGAAGGGGGCUUUACAGAAGCUCUGUGGGGAGAAAAAUACUCCCUAG